AUGAAGGAUCCAUUACAUCAUCCAUUGAAAAAUAAAUCAAAAUCUCGUUCUUUCGAACGCAUUACUCAUAUUCCAUUAUUUACAGCAUUAUCACCAAGUGCAUCGUCAACUUCAUCAAUAGUUUCAUCUUCAUCAAAUAGUUUAAGUCCCGGAGUCAUUCGCACCCAUCAUAUAAUUGCUAAUAUCGACGAUUCUCCGUUACUGAAACGUGUACAACAGUUACAUUCAUCGAAUUUAAUUUGUUGUGAUUGUGGUUCAUCAAAGACCGUGGAUUGGAUUUCAAUCAAUUUAUUAUGUGUAUUAUGUAUUAAAUGUUCGGGUGUGCAUAGAUCCCUGGGGACCCAUGUAUCGAAAGUACGAUCUUUAACAUUGGAUUCAUUUAAGGAUAUUGAAUUACGAUAUUUAAUUAAACAUAAUUUAAGAAAUGAUUUGGUUAAUGAAAUAUAUGAAGAAUUAAUGACAAAGACAGAAAAGAUUAAUUCUAAUGCAACAGAUUUACAAAGAUCAAAAUUUAUUAAUGAAAAAUAUUUGAAUAAAAAAUUUGUUAAUGAUUCAAAUUUAGAUUAUAAUUCAACAUUAAAAUUAAUUAUUAAAGGAAUUCAUAAUGAAAAUAUUAAUUUUUUACAAAUUGCAAUUGCAAAAAGUAAAUUAUCAUUAAGAAAAUUAUCACAAGAAUAUGAUUUAGAAAAUGAAAAUGAUCCAACGAAAAAAAAUAAUAUUUCUUUAUUUAAAUAUUCUUUAAAACAUAAUAUUAAAAAGGAUUCAAAUUUAAUUUUUAAUAUUACUGAAUUUUUAUUAAUUAAUGAUAUUUUAAUUGAUACAAAUAUUCCAACAGAUUUAGAAGCUCAAAAAAAAUGGCCACAUGAAGCUUUAGAAUAUUGGAAUAAUAAAUUAGAUAUAUAUGGUGAUACUUUCUUAUCAAUAAAAUCAAAUAAACAACAAACAAAUACUAUAAUUGAAGAAAAGCAACUUCCAUCAAAAUCUAAUAAUCAUACUAAUAACAAGAAAAGAGGAAAUUCAAUUAAACGAUGGUCUUUAGCAAGUAUUCCAAAGGCUCCACAGAAUAUUAUAUCCAUGCAUAAAUCAUUGAAAAGGAAAAAGGAUCCAACUUCAAAUCAAAUUAUAUCGUCAACAACUGCUACGAUUGCAUCUCCUCCAUCAGUACCUUAA